AUGAUGUUGUACGACGAACUAGCCCAGCAAGAUGAAGAGCUGAUACAUGAGACGUGGAAGAACAGACUUGACGCAGCGCAGAAAGAGAUUGUUGACUUCGUCAUCAAGCGAGUGGGAAGUUGUGUCGCUGGAGAGUUCGGUGGCUACCUUGAAGGGUCCUACAACGUCUGCCUAGUCAUCAAGCUCAACACAAAGCCUACGUAUCUGAUACGCUUCCCACAGCCAGGGACAACUGCUGCACGUUUCUUAGAUGAGAAAGUUCGAAACGAAGUCCAAGUCAUGGACUUACUACGCAGGACCACGAUCCCGCUACCGAAAGUAUACAAAUGGGGUCUGACUAGCGAUAGCCCGUCACAGCUUGGCCCGUAUAUUAUAAUGGAGUAUGUUGAAGGCAUACCAUUGAUCAACGAGUUACGACGACCCAUAAAGACCGAUGACGGUGUCGAGAUGGAACUCUGGAGAAACUUGGGCAACCCAAGAGUUCUCCGUGCCUACAGCCAAAUAUGUGACUAUAUGUUGCAAAUACAUCAGCUGGAUUUCAGUACUGCAGGUGCUAUAAGAAGGAGCAACCCAGAUGAGUGGGUAGCUAGCGAACGACCUGUCACCGAUAACAUGAACAUUUUAGCAAGGAACAUUCUGAAUUACCCAACCGAAUACUUCCCUACUGCAAGCAUCUCAUCUCCAAAGGCCUACUUUGAGCAGCUCGCCGAUCAACACCUAGCUCAUCUUCAUACCCAAAGAAACGCCGUGGAGAACCGUGAAGACGCUAGAAGAUGUUUCAUCGCUCGCCAUCGCCUCAAACAAUCUAUUAACGAGUACCUGUCUACCGACACCGAAACGAGUCCUUUCAAGCUAUACUGCUGGGAUCUUCGCCCAUCGAACAUGCUCGUAGACGACGAUCUAAACGUCAAAGCCGUACUGGACUUCGAAUUCUGUAACGCGCUGCCCGCGCAAUUCGCCCAUGACCCACCGUGGUGGCUUACUAUCUUGCGACCAACCACGUGGAUCGACAAUGACUUCUAUUUUGGUGCUCUGAAAGACAGACUUGAGCCUCACAUUGAACAAUUCCUGCAGGUAAUGGAGAAGAAAGAGAGGGAGAUGGGUGGAACUGUAGUACCACUGUCCGCUCGUAUGCGCGAUUCGUGGACUUCCAACAGAUUUUGGUUCAAUAUCGCGAAAAAUAGCUGGAGCAUUGAUGCUGUGUAUUGGGCUGCGCUACAUAAGCCGGGUGAUGAGGUACUGGAUGAUGAUCUUAAGGCCGAGAUGGAGGUGUUUGUGGAGAUGAAAAUGGAGCAACUGGAUGCAUAUAAGGCUGAAUGUAAGGCACGUGGUAUUUGA